UUAGCUUUUCUGCUGAAACUUGGGAGCAGCCAGCUAUGAUCAGCCAGUCAGCGGCUUCUGUUCCGUAGGAGCAGGGCUGCACCCUUCAACCAGGCACCAGCGGUGCUCCAUUCGCUGUUCUGCACAACAGGGAUUUCUCCCUGUUGUUUACUACAAAACCACCUGACUAGUGAACUGGACCUCUACCUCUGUAGGGAAAAUAGAGCCACAUUAGACGGAGACGCAGCGUGAGUGUUGCACCAUGUUUAAUUUGAUGAAAAAGGAUAAGGAGAGGGAAGGGAGUAGAAAGGAGAAAAAAGAUAAAAAGGAGAGGAUGUCUGCGGCAGAGCUGCGUAGCCUGGAAGAGAUGAGCAUGCGGCGUGGUUUCUUCAACCUUAAGAGGGAAGCUAAGCGUGAGUCCAAGAACAAACUGGAGAUUUCCAACCCUAUUCCCAUUAAAGUUGCCAGCAGCAAUGAGCUCACCCUCACUGACAUUGAAUCGGAUGGUUUGAGCAACCGAAGCAGCAUGGUUCUGGAUGACCAGCUCAGUGCUGCUAGUUCCACUGAUGACCUGAAGGGUGAGGGUGGAGGAGGACAGGAUGGACACCGCAGCUCUGUACAUGAUCGCGUGGCUCACUUUGGUUCACUUGCCAAGCAGAACUCCUCGCAGGUGGGUCAGAUGAUGAAACGCUUCUCCUUUUCCCAGAGGAGCAAAGAGGAGAGUCCUUCAGAGGGUUCAACCCCCUCAGGCCAGAACUCUGCUGCUCCAUCCCCACAUGUGGAGAGCAAGGUUUUCAGCAUGCUCCGCAAACAAAGCCUCAAACAGCAGCCUGAAGCACCAGCCACCAAAAAAGUCUGCAUCCCUGAAGUGGUUGAUAAGACCUUCCCUGCACAGCUACAGUUGCCAGCUGUGGUUGCACCUAGUGUACCAGAAACACGUGAGCUGGAGCUCCAACGCCGCAACACUGGUGACUUUGGAUUUUCUUUGCGUCGCACUACUAUGCUGGACCGCAGCCUUGAUGGAGGAGUUUAUAGGCGGGUGGUCCAUUUUGCCGAACCUGGUGCCGGCACUAAGGACCUGGCGCUGGGGUUGGUGCCAGGUGACAGGUUGGUAGAAAUAAAUGGACGGAAUGUGGAGAACAAGACCCGGGACGAGAUAGUGGAGAUGAUCCGUCAGUCAGGAGACACGGUGAGACUGAAGGUGCAGCCAAUCCUGGAGCUGAGUGAGCUGAGCCGCUGCUGGCUGAGGAACACUGAAGGGCUGCGCAGGGAGACUAGACAUAUCAAAGAGGAGAACAAGCCUGGUAGCACAAGUUCAGACAGUGAUGGGCUGCCCAACCGGGCCAAGUCAGUGCCAGCUCUUGACCCUGGCAGGGGGUUGUUCCAGGCAAAAAGUCCCCCACCAGUUUCCUCUAUGGAGUCAGUAGCCCGGGUCAGGAGUCCCUCCCCACCUAAAGUCAGGACACCUGUUAAAGUGCCAGAACGCCCUGAGCCGCCGUCAAAGAUGGGAGAGCAACUUAGGAGCCCUGAAACAUCACAAACUUUGCUUAACCCAGAGCCAGUUAUGAAGAGGGAACAAGAACAAAAUGGCAUUAUGGGUAAAAGCAUGGUCAAUGGACAUGACAUCAUCAAACCUCCAUGUACCACCACCAACCUGGUGGAUGCCGCAGGUGAUCAGGGUUUUCCACGUAGGAAAGUAGUAAAGGUGGUUCGUUCUGUUGUCAGGAAGAUCCUGCCCACGGAAGAGGUUGAGACCACUGGGCCAACACAACCAUCACACAAAUCUCCAGAUGCAGCCAAGCCCGCUGCUGAACCAUUUAAAGCAGUGCAAGCACCAGCUCCAGUAUCUAAGGCCUCCUCAAUGUCAGGAUUCUCUUUUAAACAUGAUGUCAUCAAAACAGAAGAUAAAGAUGAUAUUUCACGAGGAUUGACAAACCUCAUGGUUAGAGGCAGAACAAGGGAGCUCCGCCCACAAAUGUGUAAAGAUGAACAUCCAAAGAAAAUAGAAUUGGAGAAGAAAGAAGAAAAAGUUGAGCAAGAAGAAACAAAGGAGGAUCACAGAGAGGAUAAAACUACCUUAAAGCAGGAAGUCGAUCGCAAACUUGUAAGCUCUGGUCCAGUUAUGCGGGGGCUCAAAUCUCCUCUGGGUGCUGUAAACCCAACCAACAUGGUUUCAAUGGGCUCAGCUCCAGCCUCUUCCAAACUGACUCAUUCCAGACCUUCAUCUUUCCCAGCUUCUGAGCCCUUACCCUUGUCUCCACCUCCCCACCUCACACCUGAACCCAAACCAACUCCUGACAUAAAACCCAGCACUAUGAAUCCUCUGCCUGCUACCUCAUUUGUGAAAAAAACAUCUUCCCUCUCUCCUCCAUCACGUUUAACCCCAGUCCCUAAAUCGUCUAAACUUGUGACUCCUGUGAGCCCUCAUCCUCCUUGUCCCAAUCGUGGUCCACUGUCCCCCCCUCCAGGAGUCACUCUCAUUGAGAAACCUGCUGAAAGUCAAGAAGAGGGAGCACCACUCAGUUCCACCGAGGAGGCUCAGAGACGCCUGAUGAGGAUCUUCAGUGCCCCUCUGGAGCCAGCAGUCAGUGUUUCGUCUGAUUUCCAAGCCCCAGCCCCUGCAACCCUGCAGCCCCAGGGCUCCCUCCAGGGAUCAGUGGAAGAGGAUCCUGUGGCCCUCCUUCAGGCAUCUCAUGCUGCAGCUAAGCAAUCCCAGGUGAAGACAGAGGAGCAGAUCGCAGCAGAGCAAGCCUGGUAUGGAUCAGAGAAAGUUUGGCUAGUCCACAAAGAUGGCUUCUCCUUGGCCACUGUGGUGAAAACAGAAGCUGGUUCCCUGCCGGAGGGCAAGGUGAAAAUCAAACUGGAGCAUGAUGGGACAAUACUAGAUGUGGACGAAGAUGACAUAGAAAAGGCCAACCCUCCAUCAUAUGACCGAUCAGAGGACCUAGCCUCACUUCUCUAUCUGAAUGAAUCCAGUGUGAUGCACUGUCUGAGGCAGCGCUAUGGAGGCAAUCUCAUCCACACCUACGCUGGACCCAACAUGGUGGUCAUCAACCCCCUUUGCACACCCUCCAUGUACUCUGAGAAGGUGAUGCACAUGUUCAAAGGCUGUCGCCGUGAGGACUCAGCUCCUCAUAUCUACUCUGUGGCCCAGUCAGCCUAUCGCAACCUACUCACCACUCGGCAGGAUCAGUCAAUCGUGCUAUUGGGCAAAUCUGGCAGUGGUAAGACAACCAACUGCCAGCACCUGCUACAGUAUCUGGUCUCCAUCGCUGGCAGCACAGGCAAAAUCUUCUCUGCUGAGAAGUGGCAAGCGGUCUACACCAUCUUGGAGGCUUUUGGCAACAGCUCCACCACCAUGAACACUAAUGCCAGCCACUUCUCCCAUGUAGUGUCCCUUGACUUUGACCAGGCGGGGCAGGUGGCCUCUGCUUCUAUCCAGACUAUGCUGCUGGAGAAAGUGAGGGUGAGCAGACGACCUGAGGGAGAGUCCACCUUCAACAUCUUUUACUAUAUACUGGCUGGAGCUGACAGCAGCCUGAGAACGGAGCUGCACUUUAACCACCUGGCUGAGAACAGUGCGUUUGGGAUUAUACCACAUUCUAAGCCUGAGGACAAGCAGCGAGCCGCGCAGCAGUUCACCAAGCUGCAGGCAGGCAUGAAAGUGCUGGGCAUCUCUGGUGAAGAGCAGAAGGGCCUUUGGCUUAUCUUAGGGGCCAUUUACCACCUGGGGGCCGCAGGAGCCACUAAAGACGGAGAUGAAGCAGGACGCAGGCAGUUUGCACGUCAUGAGUGGGCCCAGAAAGCUGCCUACCUGCUGGGUUGUACCUUGGAGGAGCUGUCCUCUUCUAUCUUUAAGCAUCAGGCCAAAGGACUACAGCAUUCCACCUCUUUCAGGGGAGCACAGGACGAGGCUGGCCAAGGUGACAGCUCAGGCUCAAAGGUCACAGCUCUGGAGUGUUUGGAGGCCAUGGCAUCAGGGCUCUACUCGGAGCUGUUCACCCUUGUCAUCUCCCUUAUUAACAGGGCUCUGAAGUCCAGUCAGCACUCUCUGUGCUCCCUGCUGAUUGUGGACACUCCAGGUUUCCAGAACCCUCGACUGGCUCAGCAGCAGCGGGGAGCCACCUUUGAGGAGCUUUGCCAUAACUAUACCCAGGAGAGGCUGCAGACCCUGUUCCAUGAACGCACCUUCGUCCGGGAGUUGGAGCGAUACAAGGAGGAAAACAUAGAACUUGCUUUAGAUGACAUAGAGUGCAGUACCUCACGGUCUGUAGCAGCUAUUGACCAAGCCUCAACCCAAGCUCUGGUGCGCACUCUGGCCAGGACGGAUGAGGCUCGAGGCCUUCUGUGGCUGAUGGAGGAGGAGGCUGUUCAGCCUGGAGGUUCAGAGGAAACCAUGCUGGAGAGACUGUUCAGUUACUAUGGCUCUGCACAGGGAGAAAAUAAAGGAGUUAGCCUGCUGCUGCGAGGAGAGAGACCCCACCUCUUCCUGCUUGGUCACAGCCAUGGAACAAACUGGGUGGAGUAUGAUGUUCAGGGCUGGCUGAGCCAUGCAAAGCACAACCUUGCUGCCCAGAAUGCUGCCACACUGCUGCAGGACUCACAGAAGAAAAACAUCAGUGGGCUGUUUAUGGGCCGGGCCAGCGGUGCCACAGUAUUGUCUGGCUCCAUUGCUGGUCUGGAGGGCAGCUCCCAGCUCGCCCUGCGACGAGCCACCAGCAUGAGAAAAACCUUCACCACAGGUGUGGCUGCCGUUAAGAAGAAGAGCCUGUGUAUCCAGGUCAAACUCCAAGUGGAUGCUCUGAUUGACAUGGUGCGUCGCUCGAGGGUUCACUUCGUGCACUGCCUGCUGCCCAAAGCUGAAGCAGUGGGAGGAGGAGGUGAGCCCCGUGUGACACAUGGAGAGAGCCCUGACUCAGGCCUUAUGACUCUGGACGUUGGCCUCCUAAGAGCUCAGCUCCGAGGAUCCAAGCUGUUGGAUGCAUUGCGAAUCUACAGACAAGGAUACCCAGACCACAUGGUGUUCUCUGAGUUCCGCAGGCGCUUUGAUGUCCUGGCACCACAUCUAACCAAGAGGCACAGCCGCCACUACAUUGUCACAGAUGAGAAAAGGGCAGUGGAGGAGUUGCUGGAGUCCUUGGAGCUUGAGAAGAGCAGCUACCACAUGGGGCUAAGCAGGGUGUUCUUUAGAGCGGGGAUUCUGUCCAAGCUGGAAGAGCAGCGGGAUGUUAAGACCAGGAGGAACAUCUCUUUGUUUCAGGCUGCCUGUAGGGGAUACCUGGCCAGACAGGCCUUCAAGAAGAGGAAGAUCCAGGAUUUGGCCAUCCGCUGUAUCCAGAAGAACAUAAAGAAGAAUCGUGGUGUCAAAGACUGGCCAUGGUGGAAGCUCUUUACCACUGUCAAACCUCUGAUAGAGGUGCAGCUCACUGAAGAACAGAUCCGCGGCAAGGAUGAAGAGAUCCAGCAGCUGAAGCAGAAAUUGGAGAAGGUGGAGAAAGAGAGGAAUGAGCUGAGACUCAACAGUGACCGUCUUGAGAGCCGGAUCACGGAACUGUCAUCAGAGCUGGCUGAUGAGCGGAACACAGGGGAGUCGGCCUCCCAGUUGCUGGAGACUGAAACUUCUGAGAGACUCCGUCUGGAGCGGGACAUGAAGGACCUGCAGGCUAAGUUUGACAGCAUGAAGAAACAGAUGGAGUCCAUGGAGAUGGAGGUGAUGGAGGCUCGACUCAUUAGGGCUUCUGAACUCAAUGGAGAGAUGGAUGGUGAUGACACAGGAGGAGAAUGGAGGCUGAAGUAUGAACGAGCCAUCAGGGAGAUUGAAUUCACCAAGAAGAGACUACAGCAGGAAUUUGAUGACAAGCUGGAGGUGGAGCAGCAGAACAAACGGCAGUUGGAGAGGAGGAUCAGUGAUCUGCAGGCUGAUAAUGAGGAGUCCCAGCGCAACAUCCAGCAGCUGAAGAAGAAAACCCAACGACUGACAGCUGAACUGCAGGACACCAAACUUCACCUUGAGGGUCAACAGAGCCGCAACCACGACCUGGAAAAGAAACAGAGGAAGUUUGACAGUGAGCUGAGUGCUGUCCAGGAGGAGGUGCAAAGGGAGAAGAGCCUGCGGGAGAAACUAGCCAGAGAGAAAGACAUGCUGACUGGCGAGGCCUUCAGCCUCCGACAGCAGCUGGAGGACAAGGACCUGGAGAUGUGUGCAGUCAACCUGAAGCUGGACCAGCUGGAGGCUGAGCUGCAGGACCUCAAUUCCCAGGAAUCCAAAGAUGAGGCAUCACUGGCCAAGGUGAAGAAGCAGCUGCGUGACAUGGAGGCCAAGGUCAAGGACCAGGAGGAGGAGCUGGAUGAGCAGGCUGGCACUAUCCAGAUGUUAGAACAGGCCAAGCUGCGUCUCGAGAUGGAGAUGGAACGCUUACGUCAAACCCAUUCCAAGGAAAUUGAGAGCAAAGAUGAUGAGGUGGAAGAGAUCAGACAGUCGUGCAGCAAGAAGCUGAAGCAAAUGGAGGUCCAGCUCGAAGAAGAGUAUGAUGAGAAGCAAAAGGUGCUGAAAGAGAAGAGAGAGCUGGAGUCAAAGCUUCUGUCAGCACAGGACAAGGUGAGAAGUGGUGACAUAGAGGCCGAGAAGCGUUUGAGGAAGGACCUGAAGAGAACCAAGGCUCUGCUGGCUGAUGCCCAGAUCAUGUUGGACCACAUAAAGAACAAUGCACCCAGCAAGAGGGAGAUUGCCCAGCUCAAGAAUCAGCUCGAGGAGUCUGAGUUCACCUGUGCGGCUGCAGUUAAAGCUCGCAAGUCCAUGGAGGUGGAGAUUGAAGACCUACAUGUUCAGAUGGAGGACAUCUCCAAAACAAAACAGACGCUGGAGGAACAGCUGAGUCGUCUGCAGAGAGAGAAGAACGACCUGCAGUCCAGAAUGGAGGAGGACCAGGAGGACCUCAAUGAGCUGAUGAAGAAACAUAAGGCUGCUGUGGCCCAGUCAGCCCAGAACCUGGCCCAAAUCAGUGACCUACAGGCCCAGCUGGAGGAGGCCCUCAAGGAGAAGCAGGAGGUUCAGGAGAAGAUGCAAGCAAUACAGAGCCAGCUGGAGUUCCAGGAGCAGUCCAUGGUGGAGAAAUCCCUUGUCAGCCGGCAGGAAGCCAAGAUCCGCGAGCUGGAGACCAAGCUGGAGUUUGAGAAAACCCAGGUCAAACGUCUGGAGAGCCUUGUAGCUCGUCUCAAGGAGAAUGUGGAAAAGCUGAUGGAGGAACGAGAUCAGUACAGCAGCAGUGAAAAUCGAGAAAAGGAACAGAACAAACGUCUACAGAGGCAGAUCCGCGACAUCAAAGAGGAGAUGUGUGAACUGGCCAAAAAGGAAGCUGAGGCCAGCCGCAAAAAACAUGAGCUGGAAAUGGACAUUGAGAGCUUAGAGGCUGGUAAUCAGAGCUUGCAGGCAGACCUCAAGCUGGCCUUCAAAAGGAUUGGUGACCUCCAGGCAGCCAUUGAAGACGAGAUGGAGAGUGAUGACAAUGAAGACCUUAUCAACAGUUUGCAAGACAUGGUGACAAAGUAUCAGAAAAGGAAGAACAGAACUCAGGGGGAUUCAGACACAGACUCUGACGUGGAGGAUCGUGUGGAUGGGGUGAAGUCCUGGUUGUCCAAAAGCAAAGGUUCUGCCAAGAACCUCUCAGAUGAUGGCAGUCUCAAAAGCUCCAGCCCCCCUGGCCGAAGACGCUACUGCUUCAGUAGAUCAGAUGAAGAGGAGGAGGAAGAAGAAAAAGAAGAAGGCGGGGCGACCCAGGGCUCUUACUACUCUCGAUACCGAUAUGGCAGCCAAAUGAAAGAUGACAACAGUGAGGACAGGCCUUAUGAAACCACAUCGUAGUUCAUGCUGUCAGCAUUCACCCUCUGAAAUGCAAUCUCAUUCAACUGUGAUACUUAAUCUUGCAUGCAGAGUUCACCACAGUUGUAAUCAGUAGGUCACAUCCAGAAACCUAAACACCCAAAAUCCUGCAAGAAAACACACACACACACACACACACACACACACACACAUAUAUGUAACAGAUAAAUAUUCUAGAUGUUCCUAACACUCAGUCAGCUAAGGCAAAUCCUCACAGGAUUUGGUCAUAGUUUGAUAAACUACAGUCUUUUUGGCCCCUCGUUCAUCAGUCUAAUUUCACGGCACGCACAGCAACUCUGUUAUUAACAACUCUUAAUCUCUGACUCUGCUGGUUGCAUGCAAGCAGUAGUUGCUUGGUUUUAGCAGCCAUCCUGUUUUACUUCAGUCAUGGUUGUAACACAGCCAAAGAAUUGAGGUUGCAAUUAUAGUAGAUUUCUCUCUUCCUCUCUUUGUCUCUGUCAUUCUUCCUCUUCUUUACAUUUAGCACCCCACAAUAAUAUAUAUUGCCAUAGUACAAUGUAUUGCCAAAAAGCCUUUGUUCCAAGUAUGUGUGCACACUGUUUCACUUAUUGCCAAUUGAUGCUGAAUCCUGGGAGAAGCUUUUUUCCCUCUUCUUUCCUUUUUGGGAUAAGUGCCAUUUGACUUAAGUGGCCUCCUUUACAGUUGGUUUCUCUGCAGCUGUGGCAUUUAAUGAAAUGCUGCACUGUACAUUGAAGAUGCUCUUAUUAUCAUCUGAUUGCAUUUCAUUUGCCUGAAAAAUUUUCUGCCUUUCGCUGGCAAAUUAUCUCCUCUUUACAGGGAAAGAGGAUUGCAUCACUUACCACUCCAUCAUGAAAGCAAAACCUUUUUUUUUCCUUUUGAAACUUUUAUUAUUGAUGUUUGAUUGGUUUGUUUUGCAGAUGACUACUGUCAAACAAAUUAAUUUCCAAGAGGUUUGAGCUUACUUUUGUGAAAUGCCUUGUCUUAUUUUUACUUACCUGAUUUGACUAUGUACUUACCAGAAUUAGUAUUGAAGAGACUUAGGCUUUGUCCCUGUGCUUGUCAUUCUCAUGCUGGCUGCAUUUUAAGUUUGCUGUGCUUCACUUUUCCAAAGGGAAUUUAUCUAACCUUGGGCACCAAUCAUUUGUUGGUUUCUCACAAAAACCACUGGGCAUAUGGCAACCUGAAUCAGCAUGGUAAAGGAAAAAGCUGGCAUUAUUCUAUGUUUUUCUUAUUGUGAACAAAUCAAAUGGAAGGACCAAAACUAGUAAUAUGUUUUCUUGACCUUUGGGAAUAAUAUGUGUAUGAAAAAUAUUCUGAGCUCAACAAGGUUUUCUGACCAUUAAGUGGACAGAGCUUGCUGGGGAAUAGUCACAAAUCUCAGCCUUAAGCCUACUGGUUCUCUCUCAAGAUGUCAGUCUUUAAAAUAGAUGAUUGCUCACUGAGGAUGGCUAGUAGUUUUCUUCAUUUUACACCAGUGAAAAGAACAUUAGCCUAGUUUACAGAUAAGGCAACAGGGUGUGCAGUAGAUCACAAUGACAAUGCAAAGCAUGUCCAAUUUAUCUUAUAAACCUAGAAUUUAGAAUUCAAAGACAUCAUUAGAGAUUGAUUUUUGACGUUUUAUUUUGCAUGUCUCACAAAUUCUGAAUAAUAAAUGACAGAUCUUCUGUUUGGACUCUCCAGGUGAUUUACUACUGGUGCAGAUUUGAGGGUCAAAGUAAAAAGUUAAUUGCAAACCCUGCGAGCAGAUCUAUUGAGUGUGACCAUUCUAUUAAAAUGAAUUGAGUUUUCUAUAUAUUCUAAGUAGGAAAAAUCUAGAGUAGCACCAGCCUUCUCCUUUAAAGCUUCAUUGGGUAUUUUAAUUUUAACCUCAUUAACUGGACAUACUACAGCCUGUAUAACCAAUACUGUGAAAUCAUGUUCAGCAUCUUUGAGGCGUGUUUAUUUGUCUUUUGUAUUUGCUUUUUUGGUUUUGCUUCUUUUGGGGGUUGGGAGGCGGUGCCAGUUUAUCUUUUUUUUCUUUUUACACAUUAAUGCCUCUAAACAUCAAGAAAAUAGGAACCUGCAUUUUCACGGUUGCUCAAGUGUUACAUCACAUCCUUUGGUCAUCUGUCUGGUAUUUACUGAGUAGCAUUAAGAUAUUAUUGAAAGCCAUUUAAAGUCCCAGAGUGCUUCACAUGGCAUAAUGGACAGGAAAAAAAGUGUGGAAAUGUGUUGUUUGAUUGGCCCUGAUAAGGUGGCUGGCUUCAACAGGAAAAAAACUAAAGAGCAGACAUAAUAUUGAUGACUGCACACAGUAUUUAUAUAUAAAUAUGUGUAUGAUUCAUGCUACCUUUGAAAAUACUUCAUGUUUAUUUUCGUUAUCAAACAAAUUGACCACUUGGUAUAAAUUUUGCAUUACAGUUUAAUAUAUUGUAAAUAAAUGAUGGUGACUGUUUUAAAA